GUGUGUGCCUGUGUGUGUGUGUGUGUGUGCCUGUGUGUGUGUGUGUGUGCACCAGUGCCAAUUGUGGGUCCGAGUUGCAGCCCAUCUGGUGCUAACACGGGGCGGAACUUGCGCAGUUUCCAUAGAUUUCGAAGAAACGAAGGGGAAGGGCCGAGAGGAGGAACCUCACCUGUGGGAAAGUGCUUCGAAUCCAAGUCGGAGUGAAGAGGAGAGGAGAGGAGAGGAGAGCAGAUUGACAUCGCCAGAGAGAGACAGAGAGAGAGAGACAGAGAGAGAGAGAGAGAAGACACGGGAGAAAGACAGGACCUUCUCGCCCAGAGGAGAGCAGAGCCAUCAUUAAAUGAGUAUAAACGAGCACUCUUUGCAGGCGCUCUCAUGGAGGAAGCUGUACCUGAGUCGGGCUAAGCUGAAGGCUUCCAGCAGGACCUCAGCUCUGCUCUCCGGCUUCGCUAUGGUGGCCAUGGUGGAGGUGCAGUUGGAUGGAAACCACCCUUACCCACAGGGCCUCCUGAUAGCUUUCAGUGCCUGCACCACGGUGUUGGUCGCUGUCCACCUCUUUGCCCUGAUGAUCAGCACGUGUAUCCUGCCCAACAUUGAGGCGGUCAGCAACGUACACAACCUGAACUCAGUGCAUGAGAGCCCGCACGAGCGCAUGCACCGGCACAUCGAGCUCGCCUGGGCCUUCUCCACCGUCAUCGGGACCCUCCUCUUCCUGGCCGAGGUGGUCCUGCUCUGCUGGGUCAAGUUCCUGCCGCUGAAGAACACGCGCGCCAGCAACUCGUCCAUCUCCCCGGGGGAGGCGGCCGCUAUCACCUCCACCUCCAUCAUGGUGCCUUUCGGCCUCAUCUUCAUCAUCUUCGCCGUUCACUUCUACCGCUCCCUGGUUAGUCACAAGACGGAGCGGGUGGAGCGGGAGUUGGACGUGCUCGCACAACUGCAAGACCAACUGGACCGAGGAGACACCAUGCAGCCUCCUGUGUCUCAUUACGCAUGAGGCUGUUUUGUUUUUUUAACCGGCUACGGAAUUGAGGGGGAAAUUGGCUCCUUUUAUUAUUGGUGCAGUUUACAGCACUCGGUCUGUGCAUGAAAUGAACACCAGGACUGUUUUUGUUUUUCUUCGAUACAAGAGAAGAAGCUUAAAAACUGAUUGCUACGAUUUUUCUCUUUUUUGCUUGGUUUUGAAAAGGGUUGUGGGGGGCGGGAGGAUGGUCGGUGUUGAUGGGACUGUGGCCAGUGAAAGGGGGGGAUUUUUUUUUACUGUUCGUGUCUUCAGAUUUCAAACCGUGACCCCCCCACCCCCACCCCAACCCCCACCUAAAGUUGGCGAAGUGUGCAUGCAUUUUACUCUCAGCUCUGUACAGGAUUACACUGGAUUGUUUCAUUUUUUUUUGAACAUUAAAGAGACUAUUGUUUGAGCGUGACUGCGGGCGAGCAAGUUCAGUGUUCACAUCAAUCGAAACGACGGGGCAAAACCAAUGGAAGAAUUUGCUAAGCGAAGGAAGACCAAGGUCCACCGUCCUGGCAGUCGCAUGACAUGUUGCGUCCCAAACUUUAUAUUACAUCCCGAGAUAUUAUUUCCUAACAGAAAACUAUCUCAUUUGUUCUCAGAUGAAUCGAUACUUUCUGCUUCCACCGUCUCCCAAGAGAACCUGUUCCAUGUAUUUAUUGCUCGCUCGCCGAUGUAGUGUUUUCAGCAGAUUUGUUCAGAAUUUACCCCAAGUAUCACAAGAAUCCACAAGGUUCCACAGUCCAGGUGUCUGUUGCAUGUAUUUCGAAGUCCCUUGACGUUCCUAAUUGUAGCAGCCUCUCUCUCUCUCUCAAUUUCCCCAUCUUUGGGUGCUUUUUAAAUCUUUAUAUAUAUAUAUAGUAUAUAUAUUGUGUUUGGCAAAUGUUACUGUAAAAAAAAGUGCAACGGGUGCUUUUAGACUCUUCUUUAAAGGGAAGUGCUGGGAGUUGACUGGAAAAUCCCAGUUCAUAGCAACUGGAAUGUUAACACAAUUUCAUUGCAGUUUCAGAUUCUUUAAUACACAUAAAAAACACACCACACACAGGCUGUGACUGUUAAUUAUUGAACCGAACCUGAAAUACCUCAGUUAUUCCCAACAGUUCUGAUCUCUGCAGUAAACUGAAUUCUGCUAGUAGGUAGCACAGAAUUCAUUAAUCUUCCUCAACCGAUCACAUAAAAAUUUGCUAAGCGAAAGAAGGUCCAUCCAGUUCGCCUUCCACCAUAACAGUUGCAUGUUACGUCCCA